UACCUGCAACACUAGCCUUCCAGUCGCCUUCACUUGAACACUACCCUUAGGCAAAAAUACAGAUUUGGACAGUGCAAAAUGAAGACGAUCCUUGCCUUUGUCGUAGUGUCCUGCGCGCUCGGCACACAAGGAUACCCUUACUAUCCUUACUAUGGAUCUAACCUGGACUCCUUAUCCUACGGGUCUCACGACGGCAGCCAGGGCGCGAUGGUGCUGAACCGCUACUACCAGCCCUACUACCGCGCGGCGGCGGGCGGCGGCGGCGUGGCGGCCUUCAUGUACCAGCAGCCCAGCCAGCCCAGCCAGGGCUACCACCAGCCCGCGCCCAGCCAGGGCUACCACCAACCCACGCCCAGCCAGGGCUACUACCAGCCGGACCGCCGCCAGGUCGAACCCCAAGCGCCUCCGCAGCAGAACGAAGUCUACUAUCCGCAGCAGCCAGACGAAACCUACACGCCGAAAGCGGCCGAACAGACCACGAAACUCAUCGAAGCCGACCCCACUACGGAGAAAAUAGAACUAUUCUCUACAACCCUGAAAACCAUUGAGCCAGAGAUCACGGAGCCUGAAGUAGAGGAGGUGGAGGAGCCCAAGCCGAGGAGGCGCGUGUCCAAGAAGAAGCAGGUGAAGCGUCCCGUGGAGGACGAGGAGGAUGACGAGGUGGCUCGCAUGCCGGGCGGGACCUACUUCCCCAUGUUCUUCGGCUGGGGCCGCUCGGGGCAGGGCCAGGCGCCCGGCGUCAUGGCCAUCGCCAACGCCUACAGCACGGGCCGCGGCGGGGUCUCCAGCAGCCACGCCACCGCCUACGGGCCGCCCCGCACCGAGCCAGAAUACACCAAAUCAAGUCAAUAGAAUAGCCUACUUUAGUUAAUUAUACCGUGAGUAAUUGAAUAUACCUACUGAGAUUUAUAAAUAUUAA